AUGACGCUAGGGCUGUUAUUGGGGAUUGGAAGAACAUUCCGAAGAAAGCGAGCUUCUUCGCUUGAUAUUCUCUCUCCCAAAAGAGCUCCUAGAGAUUUCUACAAGGGGAAGAACUGCAAACCCACUGGUUUCCACACCAGAAAAGGAGGAUAUGUUGUGCAGCCAGAUAAAUUGCCAAACUAUGUAAUCCCUGAUCUGACCGGCUUUAAGCUGAAACCAUAUGUAUCUCAAUGCCCUGUACAAGUCAACACAACCGAGUCAGCUGAAGCUUCCAAGUGA